AUGUUGAGGUUUAUGAGGUCCGAUUCCCGGUCUGGGGUCCAAAUGCUUGCCCCUAAGAUAGUAAAUGUGGAAUCACACUUUUUGGCUGGUAACAACACCACUAUUGAAGCUUCUCCUGCUAUGUCGACACCUCGUGCGAUAUAUAAGUCUAAAAGAAGGCACAAGUAUCGGCGAUGUGGUAAGUACAUACACCUUGAAAAACCAUGCAAGAAUCUCGCACCUCAAGGUUCGGAUCUAAGUAAAACGUCCACCUCUAAAAGGGGACGUCGAAAGAAUAGAAAAUCUCGUGUUACCCGGGCAGUAUUAGGCUCUAUGUGA